CCAUUUUUGAAAAAAGAAGGAGCGUGGGUGGCAGGCGGUUUUUAUAAAUUAUCCUUAUUUUUGGUUAUUUGUCUCUGUCCUUCCCCACCCCCUGCUGAAGCGAAAAUAAGGGCAGGGACCGCGGCUCCUACCUAUCCGUAACCCCCUUACCCGUUCCUCCCCCUCCCUAACGCUGAGCAUAGUGCCCUGCACACAGUAGGCGCUCAAUAAAUGUUCGUGGAUGAUGAUGAUGAUGAUGAUGAAAAAAAUGCAGCAUCAACGGCAGCAGCAAGAGGACCACGCGAACGAGGCAAACUAUGCAAGAGGCACCAGACUCCCUGUUUCUGGUGAAGGACCAACUUCUCAGCCGAACAGCUCCAAGCAAACGGUCCUGUCUUGGCAAGCUGCAAUCGAUGCUGCCAGACAGGCCAAGGCCGCCCAGACCAUGAGCACCUCCGCACCUCCACCUGUAGGAUCAAUCUCCCAAAGAAAACGUCAGCAAUACGCCAAGAGCAAAAAACAGGGUAACUCGUCCAACAGCCGGCCUGCCCGCGCCCUCUUCUGUUUAUCGCUCAAUAACCCCAUCCGAAGAGCCUGCAUUAGUAUAGUGGAAUGGAAACCAUUUGACAUAUUUAUAUUAUUGGCUAUUUUUGCCAAUUGUGUGGCCUUAGCUAUUUACAUCCCAUUCCCUGAAGAUGAUUCUAAUUCAACAAAUCAUAACUUGGAAAAAGUAGAAUAUGCCUUCCUGAUUAUUUUUACAGUGGAGACAUUUCUGAAGAUUAUAGCGUAUGGAUUGUUGCUACACCCUAACGCUUAUGUUAGGAAUGGAUGGAAUUUACUGGAUUUUGUUAUAGUAAUAGUAGGAUUGUUUAGUGUAAUUUUGGAACAAUUAACCAAAGAAACAGAAGGCGGGAACCACUCCAGUGGCAAAUCAGGAGGCUUUGACGUCAAAGCUCUCCGUGCCUUCCGAGUGCUAAGACCACUUCGACUUGUAUCAGGAGUGCCCAGUUUACAAGUUGUUCUGAACUCCAUUAUAAAAGCCAUGGUCCCUCUCCUUCACAUAGCCCUUUUGGUAUUAUUUGUAAUUAUCAUCUAUGCUAUUAUAGGAUUGGAACUUUUUAUUGGAAAAAUGCACAAAACAUGUUUUUUUGCUGACUCAGAUAUCGUAGCUGAAGAGGACCCAGCUCCAUGUGCGUUCUCAGGGAAUGGACGCCAGUGUUCCGCCAAUGGCACGGAGUGUAGGAGUGGCUGGGUUGGCCCCAAUGGAGGCAUCACUAACUUUGAUAACUUUGCCUUUGCCAUGCUCACUGUGUUCCAGUGCAUCACCAUGGAGGGCUGGACAGAUGUGCUCUACUGGGUAAAUGAUGCAAUAGGAUGGGAAUGGCCAUGGGUGUAUUUUGUUAGUCUGAUCAUCCUUGGCUCAUUUUUCGUCCUUAACCUGGUUCUUGGUGUCCUUAGUGGAGAAUUCUCCAAGGAAAGAGAGAAGGCUAAAGCGCGGGGAGAUUUCCAGAAGCUUCGAGAGAAGCAGCAGCUGGAAGAGGAUCUCAAGGGCUACUUGGAUUGGAUCACCCAAGCAGAAGACAUAGAUCCUGAGAACGAAGAGGAGGGUGGAGAGGAAGGCAAACGAAACACCAGCAUGCCCACCAGUGAGACUGAAUCUGUGAACACAGAGAACGUAAGUGGUGAAGGCGAGACCCGGGGCUGCUGUGGAAGUCUCUGGUGCUGGUGGAAAAGAAGAGGAACGGCCAAGACUGGGCCCUCUGGGUGUCGGCGGUGGGGUCAGGCUAUCUCGAAAUCCAAACUCAGCCGACGCUGGCGUCGCUGGAACCGAUUCAAUCGCAGGAGAUGCAGGGCUGCCGUGAAAUCCGUCACAUUUUACUGGCUGGUCAUUGUCCUUGUGUUUCUCAACACUUUAACUAUUUCCUCUGAGCACUACAAUCAGCCAGACUGGCUGACACAGAUUCAAGAUACUGCAAACAAAGUCCUGCUGGCGCUGUUCACCUGUGAGAUGCUGGUGAAGAUGUACAGCUUGGGCCUCCAGGCGUACUUUGUCUCUCUCUUCAACCGCUUUGACUGCUUUGUGGUGUGUGGGGGGAUCACCGAGACCAUUCUGGUGGAGCUGGAGCUCAUGUCCCCUCUGGGGGUCUCCGUGUUCCGGUGUGUGCGCCUCCUGAGGAUCUUCAAAGUGACCAGGCACUGGACCUCCCUGAGCAACCUGGUGGCAUCCUUGUUGAACUCCAUGAAGUCCAUUGCUUCGCUGCUGUUGCUACUCUUCCUCUUCAUCAUCAUCUUCUCCUUGCUGGGCAUGCAGCUGUUUGGUGGGAAGUUUAAUUUUGAUGAAACCCAAACCAAGCGAAGCACCUUUGACAACUUCCCCCAAGCGCUCCUGACUGUGUUCCAGAUCCUGACAGGCGAAGACUGGAAUGCGGUGAUGUAUGAUGGCAUCAUGGCCUAUGGAGGCCCAUCCUCCUCCGGGAUGAUUGUCUGCAUCUAUUUCAUCAUCCUUUUCAUCUGUGGCAACUAUAUCCUACUGAAUGUCUUCUUGGCCAUCGCUGUAGACAAUUUGGCUGAUGCUGAAAGUUUGAACACUGCUCAGAAAGAGGAAGCUGAAGAAAAAGAAAGGAAAAAAAUUGCCAGAAAAGAAAGCCUAGAAAAUAAAAAGAACAACAAACCAGAAGUCAACCAGAUAGCCAACAGUGACAACAAGGUUACAAUUGAUGAUUAUCAGGAAGAGACUGAAGACAAGGACCCCUACCCGCCCUGUGAUGUGCCAGUAGGUGAAGAGGAAGAGGAGGAGGAAGAGGAUGAGCCUGAGGUUCCUGCUGGUCCCCGUCCUCGCAGAAUCUCAGAGUUGAACAUGAAGGAGAAAAUCGCGCCCAUCCCCGAAGGAAGUGCUUUCUUCAUUCUUAGCAAGACCAACCCGAUCCGUGUGGGCUGCCACAAGCUCAUUAACCACCACAUCUUCACCAACCUUAUCCUGGUCUUCAUCAUGCUGAGCAGCGCCGCCCUUGCAGCCGAAGAUCCCAUCCGCAGCCACUCAUUCCGGAACACUAUACUGGGUUACUUUGACUAUGCUUUCACAGCCAUCUUUACGGUUGAGAUCCUGUUAAAGAUGACAACUUUUGGAGCUUUCCUGCAUAAAGGGGCUUUCUGCAGGAACUACUUCAAUUUGCUGGACAUGCUGGUUGUUGGAGUGUCUCUGGUGUCGUUUGGGAUUCAAUCCAGCGCCAUCUCCGUGGUGAAGAUUCUCAGGGUCUUGAGGGUCUUGAGGCCCCUCAGAGCAAUCAACAGAGCAAAAGGGCUUAAGCACGUUGUCCAGUGUGUCUUUGUGGCCAUCCGAACCAUCGGCAACAUCAUGAUCGUCACCACCCUGCUCCAGUUCAUGUUUGCAUGCAUCGGGGUCCAGUUGUUCAAGGGGAAGUUCUAUCGAUGCACAGACGAAGCCAAAAGUAACCCUGAAGAGUGCAGGGGGCUUUUCAUUCUCUAUAAGGAUGGCGAUGUCGACAGUCCUGUGGUCCGUGAGAGGAUCUGGCAGAACAGUGAUUUCAAUUUUGAUAAUGUCCUUUCAGCCAUGAUGGCGCUCUUCACAGUCUCAACUUUUGAGGGCUGGCCUGCGUUGCUGUAUAAAGCCAUUGACUCGAACGGAGAGAAUGUUGGUCCCGUCUACAACUACCGUGUGGAGAUCUCCAUCUUCUUCAUCAUCUACAUCAUCAUUGUUGCCUUCUUCAUGAUGAACAUCUUUGUGGGCUUCGUCAUCGUCACCUUCCAGGAACAAGGAGAAAAAGAGUAUAAGAACUGUGAGCUCGACAAAAAUCAGCGCCAGUGUGUUGAAUAUGCCUUGAAAGCACGCCCCUUAAGGAGAUACAUCCCCAAGAACCCCUACCAGUACAAGUUCUGGUAUGUGGUGAACUCCUCGCCUUUUGAAUACAUGAUGUUCGUCCUCAUCAUGCUCAACACACUCUGCCUGGCCAUGCAGCACUACGAGCAGUCUAAGAUGUUCAAUGAUGCCAUGGACAUUCUGAACAUGGUCUUCACGGGGGUGUUCACUGUUGAGAUGGUUUUGAAAGUCAUCGCAUUUAAGCCCAAGGGGUAUUUUAGUGACGCCUGGAACACGUUUGACUCCCUCAUCGUAAUCGGCAGCAUUAUAGACGUGGCCCUCAGCGAAGCCGACAACUCUGAAGAGAGCAAUAGAAUCUCCAUCACCUUUUUCCGUCUUUUCCGAGUGAUGCGCUUGGUGAAGCUUCUCAGCAGGGGGGAAGGCAUCCGGACUCUGCUGUGGACGUUCAUCAAGUCCUUUCAGGCACUCCCAUAUGUCGCCCUCCUCAUUGCCAUGCUCUUCUUCAUCUAUGCAGUCAUUGGCAUGCAGAUGUUUGGGAAAGUUGCCAUGAGAGAUAACAACCAGAUCAAUAGGAACAACAACUUCCAAACGUUUCCACAGGCAGUGCUGCUGCUCUUCAGGUGUGCCACUGGGGAAGCCUGGCAGGAGAUCAUGCUUGCCUGCCUCCCAGGGAAGCUGUGUGACCCGGACUCAGAUUACAACCCCGGAGAGGAGUACACGUGUGGGAGCAACUUUGCCAUUGUGUAUUUCAUCAGCUUUUACAUGCUCUGCGCGUUCCUGAUCAUCAACCUCUUCGUGGCUGUUAUCAUGGACAAUUUCGACUACCUGACCCGGGACUGGUCUAUUCUGGGGCCCCACCACUUGGAUGAAUUCAAAAGGAUAUGGUCAGAAUAUGACCCCGAAGCAAAGGGAAGGAUAAAACACCUUGAUGUGGUCACUCUGCUCCGACGAAUCCAGCCUCCUCUGGGGUUUGGGAAGUUAUGUCCACACCGAGUAGCAUGUAAGAGAUUAGUUGCCAUGAACAUGCCUCUCAACAGUGAUGGGACAGUCAUGUUCAACGCAACCCUGUUUGCUUUGGUCCGGACGGCUCUCAAGAUCAAGACUGAAGGGAACUUGGAGCAAGCUAAUGAAGAACUCCGGGCUGUGAUAAAGAAAAUCUGGAAGAAGACAAGCAUGAAGCUCCUUGACCAAGUUGUUCCUCCAGCUGGUGAUGAUGAGGUAACCGUGGGGAAGUUCUAUGCCACUUUCCUGAUACAGGACUACUUUAGGAAAUUCAAGAAACGGAAAGAACAAGGACUGGUGGGCAAGUACCCCGCGAAGAACACCACAAUUGCCCUACAGGCGGGAUUAAGGACUCUGCAUGACAUUGGGCCAGAAAUCCGGCGUGCUAUCUCCUGUGACUUGCAAGAUGACGACCCAGAAGAAUCAAAAGCAGACGAAGACGAUGUAUUCAAAAGAAAUGGUGCCCUGCUUGGAAACCAUGUCAAUCAUGUUAAUAGUGAUAGGAGAGAUUCCCUUCAGCAGACCAAUACCACCCACCGUCCCCUGCAUGUCCAAAGGCCUUCAAUUCCACCUGCAAGUGAUACUGAGAAACCGCUGUUUCCUCCAGCAGGAAAUUCGGUGUGUCAUAACCAUCAUAACCAUAAUUCCAUAGGGAAGCAAGUUCCCACCUCAACAAAUGCCAAUCUCAAUAAUGCCAAUAUGUCCAAAGCUGCCCACGGAAAGCGGCCCAGCAUUGGGAACCUUGAGCAUGUGUCUGAAAAUGGGCAUUACUCCUACAAGCAUGAUCGAGAGCUUCAAAGAAGGUCCAGUAUUAAAAGGUCUGAGUCAGGAGAUGAACAGCUUCCAACUAUUUGCCGAGAAGACCCCGAGACACCUGGCUACUUUAGAGACCCCUACUGCUUGGGGGAACAGGAGUAUUUCAGUAGCGAGGAGUGUUGUGAGGACGACAGCUCCCCCACUUGGAGCAGGCAAAACUACAGCUAUUACAACAGGUACCCAGGCAGCUCCAUGGACUUUGAGAGGCCCCGAGGAUACCAUCACCCCCAAGGCUUCUUAGAAGAUGAUGACUCACCCAUUGGCUAUGAUUCACGGAGAUCUCCGAGGAGACGCCUUCUACCUCCCACCCCACCAUCCCAUCGGAGGUCGUCCUUCAACUUCGAGUGUCUGCGCAGACAAAGCAGUCAAGAAGACAUCCUUCCGUCGCCUGCCCUGCCUCACCGUGCCGCCCUGCCCCUGCACCUGAUGCAGCAGCAGAUCAUGGCCGUAGCAGGCCUCGACUCCAGUAAAGCCCAGAAGUACUCUCCGAGCCACUCCACCCGGUCGUGGGCCACCCCUCCAGCCACCCCUCCAUACCGGGACUGGACCCCAUGCUACACUCCCCUGAUCCAGGUGGACCGCUCCGAGUCUCUGGACCAGGUCAACGGCAGCCUGCCAUCCCUACACCGCAGUUCCUGGUACACGGAUGAGCCCGACAUCUCCUAUAGAAGUUUCACACCAGCCAGCCUGACCGUCCCCAGCAGCUUCCGGAACAAAAACAGUGACAAGCAAAGGAGCGCGGACAGCCUGGUGGAAGCAGUCCUGAUAUCCGAAGGCUUAGGACGCUACGCACGGGACCCAAAAUUUGUGUCAGCAACAAAACAUGAGAUCGCCGAUGCCUGUGACCUAACCAUUGACGAGAUGGAGAGUGCGGCAAGCACUCUGCUCAAUGGCAGCGUGUGUCCUCGAGCCAAUGGGGACAUGGGCCCCAUCUCGCACCGCCAGGACUAUGAACUCCAGGACUUUGGUCCCGGCUACAGUGAUGAGGAGCCAGACCCUGGGAGAGAGGAAGAGGACCUGGCAGAUGAAAUGAUCUGCAUCACGACCUUGUAGCCCAGUGAGGGCAGGCUGGCUUCAGCCUGAGACGGGCACAGGAGGGCCAGGGAUAAAGUGCCUCAUGGUUAGGAAAGUUUAGGCACUAGUUGGGAGGAAAUGCUCAAUUAGACUUUUGUACAAGUGAUAUCACGCCCCCAAGGAAGCCAUAACCUGGUAGGAGCAGGUUCUGAGUGGCCAAGCAUGUGGUAUGCCACAUACCCAGGCCCAGCCUCAGAAGACAGUAUGUCUGGCCCCUCCAGAGGAUGGGUGAGGAGGGCAGCCUGGCCUGCACAGAGGCCCGAAGGUCUGCCCAGGAAUUUAAGUUUCACACCCAGGGCACAUGACAGAGAGGUUAAAGGUGAUGGCAGUCACCACAUCUGUAUCAUUGGCUCGGCCAUCAGUCUAGCAUAUCAGACACUCACUGGGCCCAUCAUUCUCCAUUUCUGAACCCCCUCCCCCAACACACUGCUUCCUGAUUCCUGUGCAGCUGUUCUGAACAGUCCACACCAGAACUCAGCCUCGAGUGGUCAUAGUGAGGGAGUGGGACCGGACAGACAUGGUUUUGUUAUGCGAUGCCAGUUUACAUAAGAGAGCACCACUCAGAUGGUCAGUUCUGUCACCUAAGGGCAACUGUAAACUGGAGAGUAACACACUUGCAAACCAGGUAAACUUAGAUACGUUAGUUUGUUUAAAAAUUAUAGAUUUACUGUACAUGACUUGUAAUAUACAAUUUGUAUUUGUAAAGA